AUGGCCGAAAUUCCUGGUCUUGACGAAUUCGCGCAAACACGCGGCGCUGAUGACUUGUUCGACGAUGAGAUCAUCCCAGUCUCCGCGGAGGAACAACAAACGAUUAUUGAGCCUGAGCCUGAGUCUCAAGCUCAAAGCCAAGCUCAAUCGGAGCCUCACCAGGCGGUGAACGAAAAAGAUAUCGAGCGUGACCGUGAAGCAAGUUCGACGCCCGUUUAUAGCGAUGGCGCGCGCUCACGCGGCGGCGAACGACGGGGGAAAGGGAGGGGGCGGGGUGGACGUGGGCGAGGGGCGCGCGAUUCAGGACUGGGUUCCGGCCCGAGGCGGCCGAAUUGGGCCCUGAAUGAUCCUGGAGAUGCGGGCGUGGAAAACGGGACCAAGGCUCGUGAGGGAGAAAAGGCGACUGAGACACCUGCUGCUGAGAAAGAGGAACCGGGUCAAGAGGAUAACAACACGGCUGACGCACCGAGAGUACCCGCUGUUCGCGGGGAUAGGAGUGCGACUGGGGGUGUCAAAAAGCCAAAACUCACAGAAGAAGAACUGUCCCGACGCAUUGCCGCCGCACGCGAGAAAUCUGCCAAGCUCGCAGCAGCGCAUGCUCGCGCAGAGGCAGACCAAGCGUCCUUUAUGGAACGCGAGAAAAUCGCCGAACAAAAACGGCGCGAGGAGCGCGCGAAUCGCCGAGUCAUGGAUAACGAGAGAGAACGGAACAGACUGCGAAAGCUUGAAGCACUCAACGGACGAGAAUGGGACGCCGACAAGCCGGAAGAACAGUUUAGCGGGCGCGGAGGACGAGGACAAUAUAGGCGGGGGAUGCAUGGCGGUGUCUCCGGGUAUACUAGGCGCGUCGAAGAGUCUCCAGGUGACGGUGAGCUCGACCCCGACACCCAACCACACGACUCUGGACACGGGUACCGCGGUCGUGGGCGUGGUGGUCGAGGCCGAGGGGGCCGUGGACGUGGUGGUCACCGCGGUGACAAGCCCGACACAACCUCGCAAAACAAGGCUGCGCCUCCUACGCCAGUGAUCACUAACGAGGAGGAGUUCCCAUCCCUGCCUGGCGGGGAGAAGAAAGAGAAAGAAUCUGCCCCAGCCUCGGGCGAGAGCUUGAAACCGCUGUCCCCAGUGACGGGUGGGACGUGGGCGGACCAAAUGGAAGCUCAUGAGAAGUGA